CGGCGCCAGCGCAGCCUUUAUUUAGGGGCGGGGGGGCAGCGGCGGCGCCGCAUUGCAGGCGGUAGCGGCUACCAUGGAGCGGCAGCUGUUUUGCCUUCUCGGGCUGCUGGCGGCCGCUGUGGCAAGCCCUCUUCUGUGGCAGAAGGAGUGCACGAAGGGCCCGGAGGUGUGGUGUCAGAACAUCCGGACAGCGUCGCAGUGCGGGGCGCUGAAGCACUGCCAGCAGAAUGUCUGGAGCAAGCCUACUGCAAACAGUAUCCCCUGUGACUUGUGUAAAGAACUGGUGACAGUGGCUGACAAGGUUUUGAAGGAUAAUGGCACCGAGGAUGAGAUCCGCUCCUACCUGGAGAAGACGUGCGAGUUUCUCCGUGAUGAAAGCCUGGUCUCUGAGUGCAAAGAAAUUGUGGAUUCCUACCUACCAGUUAUCAUGGAUAUGAUCAAAGAAGAACUAGAUAAACCUGAAGUCGUGUGCAGUGCCCUUGCAUUGUGCCAGUCCCUUCAGAAGCAGCUUGCAGCAAUGAAACUUCAGAAACAGCUCCAGUCCAACAAGAUCCCAGAGCUGGACUUCUCUGAACUGGCAUCCCCAUUCAUGGCUAAUGUGCCUCUUCUCCUUUACCCUCAGGACAAGCCCAAGCAGAAGUCCAAAGGAACUGGGGAUGUGUGCCAAGACUGCAUCCAGCUGGUGACUGAUGUUCAGGAAGCUGUGAGGUCAAACUCCACUUUUGUCAAGUCUUUGGUUGCCCAUGCCAAGGAGGAGUGUGACCGUCUGGGACCUGGGAUGUCUGAUAUGUGCAAGAGCUAUAUCUCUGAAUAUUCUGACUUGGCUAUCCAAAUGAUGAUGCACAUGCAACCAAAGGACAUUUGUGCCAUGGUUGGGUUCUGUUCUUCGGUGAAAUCUGUUCCCCUUCAGACUCUGGUGCCAGCUCAAGUGAUUCAUGAAGUGAAAAUGGAAACUGUGGAGAAAGCCUCAGCUCAAGAGAAAGCCCUUUCCUUGUGUGAAAUAUGUGAGACCAUGGUGAAAGAAGUGACUGGCCUCCUGGAGAGCAACAAGACAGAGGAGGAGAUUGUACAUGAAAUGGAGGUGGUCUGCUACCUGUUCCCCAGGAGUGUCAAGGACCAGUGCAAGGACUUCAUUGAUGUCUACGGCCAGGCUUUGAUCGACAUGCUCUUGGAGGCAACAAAUCCUGAAGCAGUGUGUGUUAUGCUGAAAUGCUGUGCAGCCAAUAAGCCUCCACAGCAGCCAGUUGCAGUGAACCCUACAGAUGGCUUAUGUGAUAUCUGCAAGAUGGUGGUGGCUUAUGCAGACAAAGAGCUAGAGAAGAAUGCCACGACAGCUGAAAUUGAAGCUUUACUGGAAAAAGUCUGUCACUUCCUGCCACAGUCUGUCAGUGAUCAGGUCCGCCUCUCAAGUGUCUCUACUUCUGCUAUAAAUGUCCAGUGUGUUCAGUUUGUGGAACAGUAUGAACCUGUAGUUGUGCAACUCCUGGCAGAGGUGAUGGAUCCCACUUUUGUUUGCACUAAACUUGGAGUCUGUGAAACGGCCAAACAGCCUCUCCUGGGGGAUGAUGCUUGUGUCUGGGGUCCAGGUUACUGGUGUAAGAACAUGGAGACUGCUGCUCAGUGCAACGCUGUUGAUCACUGCAAACGCCACGUGUGGAACUAGAAGACGACUUUGCAGUCCCGAAAGAUUGGCGUGGCUCUCUUCAACGUGGGCCAGGGUUGGCAGAGAGCCCUCUCUCAAAUGUCCCUCCUCUCUCUGCCUCGUUAACAACUUUGACCUUCAAGUUCCUUUUUAUUGUAACUCUUCUGUAGCAGUGCUGCUGUUGAAGGAUCAGAUCUUCAUUGUUGACUUUAACAAAAGAUAACUUCUGAUUGUACAGUUUAACUCAUUAUGCUCCUAAAA